AUGGAGCCGCCAUCCGAUCAACUAUCUCUCCAGGGGCCACCGGGCAAACGUCGCCGCGUGGCCCUGGCUUGCGAUGUAUGUCGCACGCGAAAGUCCAGGUGUGAUGGCGUUCGGCCCCAGUGUGGCAUGUGCAAAGACCUGGGGUUCGAAUGUGUCUAUACCCCGCCAGUCACCGCCACAAAUGUGAUCGUGCAGAAAGACUACCUCAAAGAUCUGGAGUCCCGGGUGAAGUCGCUCGAGAAAAACCUCACUACCAUGCGAUCGGACCUGUCGGGACUGGCGGCGCAAAUGACCAACAGAAGCCCGCCGAGCGAAGGCCAACUGGGACCCUGCCAUGAGCCCCUGGCCGACCUGGCGGGGCCCGAGGACCCCAUUGACGCCAUGGGCGCGGUAACCUUCGCGGAUGAGGAGGACUGCGGGUAUUUCGGCCCAUCCUCGAACAUCGCCUUUUUGCGGCACCUGUCUCGUGCAGUGUCGCACCGGGAAAGCAACCAAAAUGAAAUCAACACGCCUCGGAUCGAUCAAAUCGCCUAUGAUGGCGGCUUCGUCAGCGCCACCCGGCCGCCAUCGCCGUUGUCGGGCUCCACGCCCACGGCUGGGCUGGCCGGGCUCAUGACGAAUCCCACCUUGCCGUCGUCCGAGGAGACAUUACAGCUGAUUCGCCGCUAUUUUUACGAUACGGGAUUGCUCUUCCCGUACAUCCACCCCCCGACCUUUCUUGAGACAUACGACGAAUUCAAGAAUAAUGCCAAGAAAGUCCGCCGAACCUGGUUAGGCUUGCUGAGCAUCAUGCUGGCCAUGGCCAAGGUGACCGCCGUGUCCGGCCAUGCCCCGGCGGAAACGCGGAUUAAGGAGUCCACCGUUUACUAUCGGCAGGCAUUGAACCUGUGCCGGGGCGAAAUGCUACGAGGGACGACUCUGGAAGUCGUGCAGUAUCUCCUGCUCAUGGGCCAGUAUCUCCAGGGGACGCAGAAAUCCGUCCAGGCGUGGACCGUGCACGGACUCGCCGUCAAGGCAGCCCUGCAGCUCGGGCUACAUUCGAAAGAUGCCUCCCAGGCGUUCUCCCCUCUUGAGCGCGAGAUAAGAAAAAGAACAUGGUUUGGCUGUGUGGUACUGGAUCGGUAG